AUGUGGUGUAAAGUGGAGGGUUUACAUGGGAAUGCAAGAGUAAGAGGAGUGAAUUUGGGUGGUUGGCUGGUAAUUGAGGGGUGGAUUAAGCCUUCUCUUUUUGAUGGUAUCCCUAACGGGGACAUGCUUGAUGGAACAGAGGUUCAGUUCAGAUCAGUGAUUUCUAACAAGUACGUGUCGGCUGAGAAUGGUGGUGGGUCAACGGUUGCGGUUGACCGUGACAUUCCUCUUUCUUGGGAAACAUUUCGGUUAUGGAGGGUUUCGGAGUCGAUUUUCCAGUUUCGCACGUAUGGAGGCCAAUAUCUGUCUUGUGGUGGAGAUGGUAACUUUAUGAAUGCAACAGCAGGGUUAGCAUCAGAUACAGAAACAUUUUAUGUGGAAAGGAAUAAAGACAACCAGAUUCAUAUUAAGCUCAAGACAGGAACAUAUUUGCAGGCUUCAAAAGACAACAAGCUCACAGCGGACUAUCGAGGGACACCCGGUUGGGAUGAUAAUGCUGCCACAUUUCAGCUGAUAAUCGUCUCGAAUACUCUGCAUGGAGACUACCAGCUUGCCAAUGGAUAUGGACAUGAUAAGGCACAAGAAGUCUACAAGAAGCAUAGGGACACUUUCAUCACGGCAAAAGAUUUUGAAUUCUUAUAUAGACAUGGAAUAAAUACAGUGCGAAUCCCAGUUGGCUGGUGGAUAGCUUAUGAUCCCGAUCCCCCGCCUCCUUUUAUUGGGGGAAGUCUUGAAGCUCUUGACAAUGCAUUUUCUUGGGCACAAACCUUCAGCCUGAAGUGCAUAAUUGACCUUCAUGCUGCACCAGGCUCCCAGAAUGGGGCAGAACACAGUUCUAGCCGAGAUGGAACGACGGGAUGGCCCUCAUCAGUUGAUUAUAUCUCACAAACUUUACAUGUCAUAGAUUUUCUUGCUUCAAGGUAUGCAAGACAUCCUUCAUUACUGGGUAUCGAGCUAUUAAACGAGCCAUCUGCAGCCUUAGUCCCAUUGGACACACUAGUUUCAUAUUACAAACAAGGUUACCAAAUUGUUAGAAAUUACUCAUCUGCUGCUUAUGUUAUAUUCUGUCAAAGAAUCGGAAAUGCGGACCCAUUUGAGCUCUUCCAUGCCAAUAUAAGCAAUGCGAACACGGUUAUCGAUUCUCAUUACUACAAUUUGUUCGAUUCGUUUUUCUCCAACAUGACCUCUUCAGAUAACAUUCAGUUUAUAUAUAGCAACCGAGCGAUUCAGUUGCAAGCUCUCAAUAAUGCAAACGGACCACUCGUGUUUGUUGGGGAAUGGGUGAAUGAGUGGAUCAUAACCGGUGCAUCUCGGACUGAUUAUGAAGAAUUCGGACGAGCCCAAUUGGAGAUAUAUAAUGAAGCCUCGUUUGGAUGGGCUUACUGGACAUUGAAGAAUGACCGUAAGCAUUAG